ACAAAUAUUACAGUUAUGUCCUAAUAGUGUAGGCGACGUCCUGUAUGUCGAACCGCACAAUGAUCUGGCAUUAGUACGGCUCAGGGAUCCUGAAUCGCCUGAAUAUAAUACGUCCGAAACAAUGGCGAUAACUGACAGUCUAGAUAGUAUCGAUUUUGGUGCACCAGUAGCUAUGUUAGGUCACGGCGGAAGAGUACGGUUUGCAUUGCAUCCGGGUAUGAUUAUUACACCCCAAGUAGACAACUAUUUGAUACCCAUUGCCUACUACUUAAGUGUUGUACCGUUCAAUAAAAAACUGCCGAUCGUAGCCCACAGUACCAUCUCAUUGCCCGGCAAUUCGGGCGGUCCUGUCAUCGAUAUCAAUGGCCAAGUAUGCGGUAUUUGUUGGGGAGGUAUUAUAAGACGUGGACAGAUAUCGUUUGCAAUCGGCUCACAAAUAUUGAAAAAGUUUAUGGCUAAUGCAUUGGCCUAUGAAAGUGAUGAUAGAAAACGCAACCGUCUCAGGAAACGGUAUGAAUGGAACAUUGGGUCCAAUAGACGACUAUUGGGUUUGAUUUUAUCUGAACAACCGUUUUCCGGUAGUUUUACUGUCCAGACAGCACUGGCCAAUGCUACAUAUAAAGCAAAACAUAUAAUCGGCACUAAUGUACUGAAAAUCGAUAGACAAGACUUCAAUACUAUCGAUAUUAUCCGAUCGGCUAUUGUUAAUGAAACGGUAAUAAACGUUUCGUUUAGGUAUCCGACUGAUGAUGAAGACAAUAGUCAAACGGGUAGAAAGUCGAGCACCCAAUCCAUUAGCAUCGAUACUAUACCAUCAACUGAUAAUCAGGGCAUUAGUAUUAUACCAUUAGUUAUUUGA